UUUUGUGUAGAGAGUCAGACUUGAAUGGCAAAAAAUUUCCUUUCGACUCUAUUUUUCAAUAUAAUUUUUGUAUUAAACAAUUUCCAUGAAUAAAUCCUAAUUUUCAAUGUUAUUUUUUUACACAAUAAAAACUAGAAUAAUAUUUAAUUAAAAUAAAUAAUCUUCAACAUUCAUAUUUAACACAUUUAUCGCCGGUGUUUUGUCGCAUUCUAGAAAAAAAUACUUGGCUAUCGUUUUUGUUGAGACAAAAUAGAAGAACGAAAAAAAAAAUGCUUCGGCGAUAACUUUUUUUGACGGAGAAGACUCGGGAGUCUUGUGGCAAUUUUAAUUUUUAUGUAUCAAUAAAAGCUGACUCAUAUAAAUUUUCAUAAGAAAAAAAAAGAAAAAACAACUUGGGAAAUAUCAUAUUAUAUUUUAAUAAAUAUAAAGCCUUACACAAAUAUCAACAAUGUCCAGCGAAGAAGACAAACCUCCUGCACCACCAGUGCGAUUAACAAGCAAUCGAGGUGGUGACCGUGGUGGUGGCGAUGGUCCACCAGUAGAUAUGCGACCCUUGCCAAAAGUUUCAUUUUCUUUUCCAGAACCGGACGAUCCCGAUCGCAAGAAGAAAACUCUAAAAAGCAAAAUCAAAGGAUCUAAACCAUCACAUCAAGACUCAAAACCGAAUAUAUCAUAUCCGACAAAUUUUGAGCACACAGUACACGUAGGAUUCGAUGCAGUUACCGGCGAAUUUACGGGUAUGCCAGAAGCAUGGGCUCGUUUAUUGAUGCACUCAAACAUCAGUAAGCAGGAGCAAAAGAAAAAUCCUCAAGCUGUAUUAGAUGUUUUGAAAUGGUUUGACAAUACAAGCAAACAAAGGCAAAGUUCCAAAUAUAUGAUUGAUCCGACAACAACACAUUCAGGUUCUUCAUUGAGUCGUGUAAGCAGCAGCAGUCCAAGCAGUACUCCAACUGAUUCAGAGAUUCAUGGUUCGAAUAGCGGCGGCCUGAUAGGUGUGGCGAAUCUUAAUAUCGGUGGCGUUAGUGGAGGCACUCAUACAGUUCCUCUAAGUCAAUCACAUUCGUACAAUGCAUUCGCAACAUCAUCUCAUAGUUCCACUAAUGAAGAUGAUAUAGUGCUCCCAGCACCGCCACCACCUAUCGCUAGCCGGCCAGAACGAACAAAAUCUAUCUACACAAGGCCAAUCGAAGAUGGAGCUCUUCCAACUACACCAAUACAUCAUAAUUUGAGCGCUCAACCCCAGUCGAUAGCACCUCAUAGCAAUGCAGUCCAACAACAACAGCCGCCCCCGGUGGUACCCAUACAUCAUCACCAGCCACCACCAACAAACGUAUCGACGACGACGGCCACAUCGAUGACACAACACAAUGCGGCCACAAUCAAGAGUCCUGCAAACACUCUUGAUAAAAAUAAGAAUAACGCAAGUAAUAACCUUUAUGAUACUACCAAUACCAAUACCACUACCACUACCAUAAUAGCUUCUCCUACUACUAACAAUGCUUCUUCAGAUCCAUCUACUACUAACAAUGUUGUCAAUAGUAGUGCAUCAACAAUAACAAUGCAAUUUAUUGAUAAUUCCACAACGACUAAUCAUGAUUCUUCUACUUCCUCAUUUUCUUCGUUCCCUUCGAUCAACGAAUCGAUUAAUCCGGCGGUAUUUUCAUCAUUUUCUGUGAUCGAUUCUCCUAUUUCCAUGGUGACUGCUGCAUCACUACCACCACCGCCAUCAUCAUCACCACAACCCGAACCGGCGGUUAAUGUUAACGUAACUGCGAUAACUACAACCACUGUUACCCCGGCCACGCCCACAUCAGAUGCGUUCUCACCUGCCAAUGAUUCAGGCACGAUGAACCAUACACAACAACCCGCAGUUACUACCACCACUACAACUAAUGCCAAUGUGUCUGCUCCCCAGCAUCAGCAACGUUCCACGACAGCCAAAAAAAAGAAGAUGUCCGACGAGGAGAUUCUCGAGAAAUUGCGUACGAUUGUCAGCGUUGGCGAUCCAAAUCGCAAAUACACCAAAAUGGAAAAAAUAGGUCAAGGCGCAUCGGGCACCGUUUAUACGGCAAUCGAGUCCUCAACCGGCAUGGAGGUUGCUAUUAAACAGAUGAACUUAAGCCAACAACCAAAGAAAGAGCUCAUCAUUAAUGAGAUUCUAGUGAUGCGAGAAAACAAACAUCCGAACGUGGUAAACUAUCUUGAUAGUUACCUUGUUUCGGAGGAGCUGUGGGUGGUGAUGGAGUACCUACCGGGCGGCUCACUGACCGACGUUGUCACCGAAACGUGCAUGGACGAAGGUCAGAUUGCAGCUGUUUGUCGUGAGGUACUGCAGGCUCUUGAGUUUUUACACAGCAAUCAAGUGAUACAUAGGGAUAUUAAGAGUGAUAAUAUACUGCUGGGUCUUGACGGCAGUGUUAAAUUGACCGAUUUUGGUUUUUGUGCACAAAUAUCUCCAGAACAAUCAAAACGCACAACAAUGGUAGGCACUCCUUAUUGGAUGGCACCAGAGGUCGUAACGAGAAAACAGUACGGACCAAAAGUUGACUUGUGGUCACUUGGUAUUAUGGCAAUCGAAAUGGUAGAGGGUGAACCGCCUUACUUAAAUGAGAACCCACUCAAAGCAUUGUACCUUAUUGCCACAAAUGGUAAACCAGAAAUCAAGGAAAAAGACAAACUGUCACCAGUCUUUCAAGAUUUUCUCGAUCAAUGCCUAGAAGUUGAGGUCGAUCGACGUUCCAGUGCGUUGGAUUUAUUAAAACAUCCUUUCCUUAAACUGGCUCGUCCACUGGCAAGCUUGACGCCUUUGAUUAUGGCUGCGAAAGAAGCAGCCAAAGGAAACUAGAAAUAAAAACAGUUUCUUUCAAAAAGAAGAAUAAUAACCACAAAAGAACAACAUCAAUAGCAUAACGUAAAGUUUAUUAAUUUUAAUAUUUUUUUAUCAUUAUCAAAACGUAUUAUUCUAUAGCCAAAAACAAAAAAAAAAAAAGUUAUAAAAGAAAAACAACAACUUAAACAUCGCCGCAUAAGUUUGCUUAAAUUAUGAAAGUAAAGUAACAUGAGUUUUUCUGCUUUAGGUACCUUUUAUUUGAGUUCAACUUGAUUAAAAGGCUUUUUUUUAUUUUUUUUUAAUUCAUAGUUUUUCUGUAUUAUUUAUUUCUCUCUUUACAGUAAAUUAAUAAGUUUUGCUUUUAUUUUAUUCGAUUAACGCAUUUAAAAUGCUUUUAAAUUUAACACUUUAAUUUGUUUUCUUUUAAUUUAAUCUUUUGUCCUUUCUUAUCGUUUCGUAUAUUCUUCUAUUUUAACUUAGACACAUUUGAGACUUAUAUAUAAUAUAAAUAUAUAAUAACUGAAAAGAUAUUUAAGUUAGUUCAUAUCUAUUUAAAGGAAAAAAAAAACUGUUUUUAAGAGAAAAAACCCUAUAUUUUAACGGAAAGUAAUAUGCGCUGAAGGGGUUCUCUUUUUUUUUUGUAUUGAUUGUUUUUCUUUAAACAUAAACAAGAUUCAUUUCAAAACAUGUUUUGAAAUUUAAAUUUUUUGUUUGUAAACUUUUAUUAUUACAUAUAAUUAAUUUGAUCAUUAAACAAAAAAUAUUAUUAUUGCUUAAAAAAAACACAUUUACUAUUCAUUUUUAAAAUCAACAUUUCAUUUAUGUAAACCUCUAAGAAAGGUAUAUUUUUAUAUAUAUUAUUUUCAAAAAGCAACAAAAAAAUAUAUUCAUUUUAUCUAUCGACAUAA